AUGUGUACGGUCUCGAAGUCGUCCUCUCCGAGCUCGACACGCACCGUGUCCCAUUAUGCAAAUGCGGUCAACGACAGCGGCCGGCCCGUCUCGGAGACGAUGCUCCUGCUCAAGCGUGGCAACCCGAUCCGCCAACUCGACCAGGUUUAA